AUGGCUAGAAGAUAUGAUAGUAGAACAACUACCUUUUCUCCAGAAGGAAGGUUAUACCAAGUAGAAUAUGCUUUGGAAGCCAUAAAUAAUGCAAGUAUAACAAUUGGAUUAAUAACAAAAGAUGGAGUAAUAUUAGGAGCUGAUAAAGUUUUUAUAUCCAAAUUAAUUGAUAAAGCUAAUAAUUAUGAAAAAAUAUAUAAAAUUGAUAAACAUAUAUUUUGUGGUGUAGCAGGAUUAAAUGCAGACGCUAAUAUUUUAAUAAAUCAAUCUAGAU